ACCUCCCGGUCCAUUUCCAUUACCAUUGAUCGGCAAUUUAUUAGUUUUUAAAUCUAAACAACAUUGGGAUAACAUUUUAAGAGAAAUGUCCAAAAAAUAUGGUCCAGUAUUUACAUUAUAUAUGGGAAAUACACCUCAGAUAAUGAUAACCGAUUCAGUUAUAGCUAGAGAAGCGUUUAAUCAAAAUAAUUUUGCCGGAAGACCUGAUGGUUUUUCUGGAAAAAUAUUUAAAAAUGAUAUCGUUUUUGCCGAUUACGGUCAUCAUUGGGAAGCACUGAGACGUGUGGCGCACGCGGCCGUACUAAAAUAUUCAACUAAUAAACAAGUCGUAAACGUAGCGGUCGAUUGUGUGGACAAAACAGUUGAGGCAAUGUUGGAAAGGGAGGGACCAAACAAACCUAUUGAUCCAUUAAAUUAUACAUAUCUAAUGUUUUUAAACAUUUUGGCGAACAGUGUUUUUGGUGAAAACUAUAAUUUCGAUGACCCAGAGUUUAGACAAUUAAAAUAUAUGCUAAAAGAUUCGUUAGAAGAAUUAGGACCCCGUAUGAUGUUAUGGGAAUUUUCGCCGAUUGUCCGCUGGAUUGACCAGAAAUAUGUCCGAAAAUAUCGGGAAUAUAUCGAAAAUAUUCGAAUAUUUAUUGGGAAAAAAUUCAAAUCCCAUUACCGUGAUUAUAAUCCCGAUAUUGAACGUGAUUUUUGCGAUGCACUUAUAGCAGCUAAAAACGAUGCCAUACGUGAUGGCAAAGAAUCGGCAGACUAUCUGAUCGAUGAUAAUCUAUUGAUGAGUCUAAUGGAUCUGUUUUUUGCCGGAACAGAUACAACACAUUUUACAUUCCGAUGGCUUCUACUGGUGUUAGCCUACUAUCCAGCCAUACAAACCAGAUUACGGCAAGAAAUUCUGGCGGAAAUCGGCGACCGUAUGCCCAGCCAUGAGGACAGACAUCGAUGUCAUUAUUUGAUGUCAUAUAUUUCGGAAACGUUACGAUUCAGAAAUGUCAUACCAAUGGGUGUCUAUCAUAAAUCAGUUACUACCAGUAGAAUAGGCGACUAUACAAUACCAGAAGGUAUGCCUGUGUUUGUAUACCAGGGAUUCAUAUUACGCGACGACAACACCAAUUGGCCAAAUGCUGACCAAUUCAUAGCCGAACGCUUUCUGGACAGUGACGGCCAUUAUAUGACAACCCGUUCGCCGGCAUUCAUACCGUUCGGUGUCGGCCGACGUGUUUGUUUGGGCGAAAAGUUGGCCAUCGCUGACCUGUUUCUGGUUUUGGUCCGAUUCUUACAGUCGACACAAAACUAUACAAUUUGUUUGGACAGUCAUCAGGGUUUAGAUGCCGAUCCUAUUAGCGCUUUCGAUGCCAUUAUGCCAUUAAAGCAUACAAUUAUAUUGAAACCUAAUUAA